AUGUCCUUAAAUCUAAGAGGUCAAAAAAAACAAAAAAUCUAUACUCAAGGUCCAUCUAAUCCUUUAGGGGAUAUCACUAACAUAUCAGUUAAACUCAGCAUUAGUAGAUUACAAAACAUAAACAAUGUUAGAACUUCUGAGUUUAAUGCUUUCACAUCCCCUGCUUAUACACCAAGAUUUACUUUUCCCAUCAAUACCCCCACUUUGCCUCAUCACAAGUCCACAACAGGUUCCACAAAAACAUCCCAUUUUCCCAUUAGUAGUCCUACUUUGCGUGAAGCUGGAUCAUCUAAGAAUAAUGUUCACGCAAAAUUAACAACUGUUAGGUCAGCAAAAUACAAUUUCAGCAUCAAUACUCCUAAUUUACCUGAAGAUGGAUUAUCUAAUAUGAAGAUGAAGGAAAAUGUUGCACCAGUUGUGUCACCACCACACAGUUUUCCCAUCAAUGCUCCUACUUUGCCUCAUCUUCGAUCAUCUGGAAAUAAGAUGAAAGAAAACUUCACACCUCUUAGGGGACCAACAUACCAUUUUCCAAUAAAUACUCCUAUUUUUACUCAUCUUGGUUCAUCUCAACAGAAGAUGAACCAAAACUUGACACCUGUAAAGUCACCUACUUACAAUUUCCCAAUCAAUACUCCAACUAUGCCUCAACCUCAAUCAUCUCAACAAAAGGAAAAGGAUAAGAUUACACCAACAAAUUCUACACCUAAUUUUAUGCCCAACUGCACUCAGCCAACCUCCUCAUAUCAGGUUAAGUCCUCAACGAGGAGAAGACCUAAUUUUAAUCAAAUGGGAGUGAAUCUAAUGGAUAGAUUUACUGCAAACACACCUGAUGUGCCUUCUUCAUCAACGCCUAAUGUUGAGAUUAAUGACUCCAGCAAUGGAAUGCAGAUUGAUGAUGAUACCAGUUCUAUAGAUAGUGAAGAAUUACAGGCAUACAUUCCUACACAAGAUAGUGAUGAAAGUGAUACAUCUGAUACCGACCUUGAGGAUCAAGAAAGCCCAUUUAAUGAUAUGAGGCUAAAUGGAACUUCUCAAGUAGGUCAUGGAGAAUAUUCUGAUAUUGGAGAUCCAUCAAUCGAAUGUCAAAAAUGUGGAGCAUGCAUGUGGUAUCAAGAGCGUAAAAACAAAUCAAGGAAUAGUGCUCAACCAAAAUAUAACAUGUGUUGCAGCAAUGGUAAUGUUCAAAUUCCAUUUUUGCCACAGCCUCCGCCAUUGCUGCAACAUUUAAUGUUUGAUCACUCAGCCACUGAGUCAAAAAAAUUUCAGGAUAACAUACGACUAUACAAUAGCAUGUUUGCAUUUAGUUCACCUGGCUUUAAAGUUGAUAAGGGAAUUAAAGCAGGAAGAGGUCCUCCUACUAUAAGAAUUCAAGGUCAAGCAUGCCACAGGAUUGGAAGUAUGAUUCCAUUACCCGGAAAACGUCCAAAGUUUGCGCAACUAUAUAUAUAUGACACAGACAAUGAAUUAAAAAAUAGAAUCCAAGGUCUCAGUAAUCCGAAGUCGGUGAACAUUGAGACAGCUGCCAGACUACAACAAAUGUUGGAUGAAAAGAACUGCCAUGCCAAGUCUUUUAGAAAGGCACGUGAUCGACUGAGGAACAACAAUGUCCAAGAUUUUAAACUAAAGCUCAUUUCUGAUAGGACAACUGAUGGAAGGGUUUAUAAUCAACCUACUGUAUCCGAAGUGGCAACGCUGAUAGUCGGUGAUGUCGACUCAGCAUCAAAAAGGGAUAUCAUAAUGGAAAGGCAAAGUGGUCAGCUAGAAAGAAUUGAUGAAUUUCACCCAGCAUAUCUUGCAUAUCAAUAUCCUCUACUGUUCCCUUAUGGUGAGGAUGGUUAUAGGGAUGAUGUUUUACACAGAAAUGCUGUCGAUGGUUGUACCCGGAAAAGAGAAAAACUGACAAUCAGAGAAUGGUUAUCAUUCAGACUACAAGCAAGGAGAAUGGAAGCUAUGACAAUUUUGUGUGCAAGAAGACUAUUUCAACAGUUUUUGGUUGAUGGUUUUACAAUGAUGGAAGCUGAUAGGUUGAAAUGGUUGAGGAGGAAUCAGUCCAAAUUGAGGGUUGGAAAGUACAAAAACUUGAAUCAAACACCAUCAGAUGGAGAUGACCAGUCUGGAAAACAAGGUAAGAGGGUUGUUUUACCAUCAAGCUAUGUUGGAGGCCGUAGAUAUAUGGAUCAACUAUAUUUCGAUGGUAUGGCCAUUUCAAGUUCAGUGGGAUUUCCAAAUUUAUUUAUAACAUUUACUUGCAAUCCAAACUGGCCUGAAAUUCAAAGAGUUGUUGGACCUCUACAUCUAAAAGCACAUGACCGUCCAGAUAUAGUAGCAAGAGUUUUCAAAAUCAAAUUUGACGAACUUUUGAAUGAUUUAACUAAAAAUCAUAUCCUUGGCAGAGUAGUUGCAUAUUUGUAUACUAUUGAGUUCCAAAAGCGAGGGUUGCCACAUGCACAUUUACUGUUGUUUUUACACCCUUCAAGCAAAUAUCCUACUCCAGAGCACAUUAACAAGAUUAUAUCUGCUGAGAUACCAAGUCCAGUUCACCAGAAAGAGCUAUACAAGUUGGUUGGCACUCACAUGAUGCAUGGACCGUGUGGUUUAGCAAAUAUCAGUUCUCCUUGCAUGAAGAAAGAUCGUUGUUCCAAAUACUUUCCAAAAAAAUUCCAAAAUGAAACUGUUGUUGACCAUGAAGGGUAUCCUAUUUACAGAAGAAGAGAUAAUGGUAGGCAUAUUCUGAAAAAGGGAAUAACUUUAGACAAUCGUCAUGUUGUUCCGCACAAUCGUUAUCUCCUAAUGAAGUAUCAAGCUCAUAUCAAUAUGGAAUGGUGUAACCAAUCAAGUUCAAUUAAAUACCUUUUCAAGUAUAUCAACAAAGGUUAUGACCGCAUAACUGCAGCCGUGGUUCCCGAUAAGUCAAAUCAAGGUAAUGUCAAGGAUACUAACGCUGAUGAGAUCAAAAAGUACCUAGACUGUCGUUACGUAUCACCAAGUGAAGCAUGA